CUGAAUUGAGGCUGCCUCGCAACAUUUUUCCUUUUCUUGUGAUUUCUGCUUCAUCUAUUGGAUAUGGGUGUAGCGGGACUCUGGGAGAUACUACGACCCGCUGGACAAACACAAUCAUUAACACAUCUAUCUGUUACCCAAGGAUUUGAAGCAAAUGCUGGUGGUCGGCGAGGCUUUCGCAUAGGCAUCGAUGCUUCAAUUUGGUUCUUCCAUGCCGCGUACGGUAAAGAAGGAGAGAAUCCGGAACUGCGUACACUCUUCUUUCGCUGUACCAGACUCAUGAGCAUGCCUCUCCUCCCACUUUUCGUAUUCGAUGGUCCAAAAAGGCCUUCCGUCAAGCGCGGGAAGAAAGUGAGCGGCAAUGCGCACUGGCUCACCACUGGAAUGAAAAACAUCAUCGUUGCUUUUGGUUUCGAAUGGAGAACGGCUCCUGGUGAAGCUGAAGCUGAGCUUGCGUAUUUGAAUCGCAUGGGAAUCAUCGAUGCUGUCCUCUCCGAUGAUGUCGACAACUUUCUAUUUGGUGCCACUAUGGUUAUCCGCAACCCCAGCAAUACACUUUCCGGAAACCGUGCGCAUCCAGUGAAAAACGCUGACGGACGUGAUGAUGGAAACCACGUCGUGACGUAUCGCGCCGCUGAUAUCCUCUCUCACGAUGAUAUCUGUCUCUCGCGAGGAGGCUGUAUCCUAAUCGGCCUCCUUUCCGGUGGGGACUACCAUCAAGCUGGCGUUCAAGGAUGCGGGAAGCUCAUUGCCGCUGCCCUCGCACGUUGUGGAUUUGGAGACCGACUGCUAGAAGCUGCCAACUCCCUCAGCCGCGAGGAGCUAGAGGGCUGGCUUGACACAUGGCGUGACGAAGUGCGCGAGGAACUGCGUACGAACAAGAGCGGCCUCAUCGGAUCGAAGAAGCCUGCACUUGCGAAGAAGAUUCCUAAUGAUUUUCCUGAUGUCGAUAUUCUACUAUCCUACACCAGACCUAUCACGAGCGAGACAGAGGGUAAACCUACGCGAGACAUCACUUGGGAACUAGAGCCUGACAUUGGUAAAAUUGCUGCACUUUGCGAGCUGUACUUCGAAUGGGGUGUGAAGGACGUGAUCAUCAAGCGUUUUCGCACAGUUUUGUGGCCAAGCGCCGUUCAACGUAUCCUGCGGCGUGGUGCGAUAGAAAUGGAAGAGAAGAAGCGUAAGGGUUUACCGAUGAGCCCUAAAAAGAGCAAAACAACAGGCAAACUUGCGCCGGGAACACCCUCGAAGAUGAUUACAAAGUAUUUUUCGUCGAUGAAGCUUCACUCUCCAUCCAAAGACAAUCAAAAGGAGCAAGAGUACAGUGAUACUGCAUCCGAAGCAGAAGAAGAUAGGCUUAUUAUCAAGAUUCACUCCUCGCGACGGCACGCGUCUACGGAUGGAAUUCUUGAGUACCGUCUUGAGAUUGCCCCUGCGCAGCUCGUACAACUGGCUGGAGAUGGCAUCCAAGGGAUCAGGCCCCCAAUCGAAAUAGAUACUGCUUUCGAUGACACCGAAGGUGAUGAUGAGGAUAGUGGUGGUGGUGGAAAGAAAAAGGGCAAGAGCAAGGAAAAGAAAACUCCACCCGACCCCGAGAGUCACCUUCGUGUGUGGAUGCCAGCAUGUAUGGUGCAGAUCGUGGAGCCGGAGCUUGUUGAAGCUUUUGAGGACAUCCAGCGCAGAAAGCUGGAGAAAAAGACCAAGCGGUCGAAUAAGACAGAUAGAAAGAAGAAGGCUACUUCCACUACCCAGGGAGAUAGCGAUGGAGAUGCCCUCCCUGUUCUAGCUCCUACAAAGAAGAGACCUACCCGUCAGAAGACAGCUGUGGCGAAACGACAGGACAGCGAGCUUGCUCCUCGCUACCUCACAAUCACCAACGCUGCUGCUGAUCCUUUCCUGGAGCCCAAGAAUGCUGUUCAUGCUGAUACGUCCCGGCAAUCCAAAACUAGUUCCAAGAAACAUACGAAAUCAUCCGAUUCAGAUUCUCCACAAUCCUACAUAACCAAGUCUCCAAGAAAAUCUCCGCAACAAACAUUUUCACGCUCGUCAGGUUUAAUCAGGCCCAUGGGUUCAACAUCAUCUAUACGGCCGAUGCGCAAGCUUGACGACAUCAUCGAUAUCUCGGGUAUGACGGAGAGGAAAAAGAAAGAUGUUUCCGCCCCAGAUAAGGAUAUUCUCCCUAUUUCAUCCUCUCUGAAUAAGACGACGGUCCAUCAAAAGAAAGCAGUUGUGGAACCCCGGGCUACCGCGCUUGCUCCCUUCCCGAUGUCAGGUUUCAUCAAUACUUCUGAGGAUCCUUUCAUAGAUCCCACGAAUCCUCAUACGUCCCAGCAGUCCUCACAAACCUGCUCUAAGAAACUUACCAGAUCGUCCGACUCCGAAUCUCUCCAAUUCCCCGUAACCAAAUCUCCAAGGAAAACACAACAGCGGACAUCCCCGCGUUCGUCAGGCUUAAUCAUGCGCCCGAAUUCACCAUCCCUUGUGCGAUCUAUCCACAAGUUUGACGAUGUCAUUGAUAUCUCUAGCGAUUCCGAUGUACCAUUACCACCCACAAAACUUUCUGUCAAAGCACCCCUGCUACUGGCCAGAGAAAAAGUCAAAAAGGGGAAUAAUUCAUCUCAUUUCAAAAGCAAACACCCUAACCUUGAGUCGACGUCCAAGGGUCGAUCAACGAGAACAAUUGUGGCAGAGAACGACAUCAUUGAUUUGACUUGCUAAAUCGAUCGUUAUGAUGGUUGAUUAACGUUGAUUGGUUGUAACUUGAGUUUUUGGUUGUACAGCAAGCUUGUAUGUGUAGUAGACAGAUAUAGGAUUUGCCCUCUGCAUGUUUCGAAUGUGAAGUAUUGUUAGAUAGUUAUCCUUUACGAGUUCGUCGAUCUUAGAAUGAUCCUUCCAUGACUAUCACAUUAUAUAGUGGUCUACCGAAGAUUUUCUUGC